ACAUCAAAUGUACCACAGCCUCACCCAUUUCGCACACUUUUUUUUCUUUUCUUUACCAAAGCUCUCAACCAAACACAAGACACCUUUUUCUUCUUUCAAAUCCCUUCAAAAAUCACCAACCAAUCCCAAACAUUCCACACAAAAUCGUACUCCAUGAUCUCCACUAAUCACAACACCACCGUUUGUGGUGGUGUUUCAAAACCGCCAAAUAACUUCUCGCAGCUCUCUUCACUGUGAUACCGGAUGAUGGGGUUUUAGAGAGAAAAAAAAAACUUUGAUUUCAAGGGAUUGCAAAUGUUGUCGUUGUCAGUGAAACCUUCAUUCCUAUCACAAUCUUCUUCGUCAGUUCUCGUAUCAUGUCGAAGUAAUCGAUUGUGUUCUUCAAUCAGCUUUCCAAGAACGAUAAACAAUAGAGGAAGAUUCACUUUGAGAGCUCAUUCUUACAAUUCUUCUUCCCAGAACAACAACGAUAAUAACAAUUCUAAUGCCAGCAAUCACAAACCCCCUAACGGCACUCUGAAGAAGAGCAGGAGGGAAAUUCUAUUGGAAUAUGUCCAAAGCGUGCAGCCAGAGUUCAUGGAGUUGUUUGUGAAAAGGGCACCCCAGCAGGUAGUUGAUGCUAUGCGCCAAACGGUAGCAAAUAUGAUUGGAACACUACCCCCUCAAUUCUUUACAGUUACAGUAACCACUGUUGCAGAAAAUCUUGCACAGCUCAUGUAUAGUGUUUUGAUGACUGGAUAUAUGUUUAGAAAUGCACAAUAUCGGUUGGAAUUGCAACGAAGUUUGGAACAAGUUGCUCUUCCUGAGGUGCAAGAUAAGGAAGAUGUGCCAGAUUAUGCACCAGGUACACAAAAGAAAGUGUCGGGUGAAGUUAUUAGGUGGAAUAAUGUUUCUGGUCCUGAGAAGAUAGAUGCAGUGAAAUAUAUUGAGUUACUUGAAGCAGAAAUUGAGGAACUGCAUCAAGAAGUAGGAAGAAAAUCUGCAAAUGGACAGAAUGAAUUGCUGGAAUAUCUCAGGUCUCUUCAGCCCCAAAAUCUUAAGGAAUUAACAAGUAGUGCUGGGGAGGACGUUGUGCUGGCAAUGAACACGUUCAUAAAACGCCUCUUGGCUGUUACGGAUCCUGGACAAAUGAAGACGAGUGCAACAGAGACAAGUGCACCAGAACUUGCCAAACUGCUUUAUUGGCUGAUGGUAGUUGGGUACGGUAUUCGCAACAUUGAAGUUCGUUUUGAUAUGGAACGAGUACUUGGCACUCCGCCAAAGCUUGCCGAGUUACCUCCAGCCGAGAACAUUUAAGCAUCCAGUUAACAGCAAUUAAACAAAUCAACUAAUUGUAGCACUGAGAACUGUCAUCGGGGCUUAUAUUUCAAUGUUUGGUGUAGUUUUUAUUACAUCAUGUAAAAGCCCAAAUCUUGGAUGACCAAUUACUGAAGGAAGUAGACCACCUGUUUUUCUUUUUUCUUGUUUAGCAAAAGAGGAACCUGAAAAGACCACCUUUGAUGCGUGGUUAGUAAAUUAAACCAUCUCUGAAAUUUAUUGAGGACGUUUGAAAAUCUAAAAUAAUAAAACACUAGUGUCACAAGUA